AUGCUCUCCUCAGCCAGGACCCGAAUCGCCUCUGCCGCGCUGUCGGCCGCUCGGCCCGGGCGAUUGGCUACAACCAGGGCCUCGUACUCUGUGAGCGCCUCUCGCUUCAACGAGAACACCCUCCGGCCCAACGACCCGGCGGCACCCAGAAAGCCCGUGCCAAACGUCUCUGCUACCAAUGCCGUCCCUGUGGAAUCAGUGGGUGCUUUUGAUGGGAGACUGGCCGAAACCCCCGAGGCCGGCGAGCGCAGUCGCGAGCUGCAGGCCCCUAACCGUGCGUCGACCUGGGCCAAGAACCAGGCCCCGAGAGAAGAGGCCAUGACCGGUCCGCGAUUCGAGCAGACAAUCAUGGAGCUCCAGCCUCAACCGUAUGCGGCCAUCGAACUCAUUCAUCAACAACCCGUCCGGUGGUCAAAGAGCCGAGUUGUCUCUUGCGAUGGUGGCGGUGGUCCCCACGGCCACCCACGCAUCUUCAUCAACACCGACAAGCCUGAGAUUGCUACAUGCGGAUACUGCGGUCUUCCUUUUGCCCAAGAGAAACACAAGGCCUACCUCAAGUCCCUGCCCAGCACCUCAUACCCUCUCGAACCUACUGGCCACCCCGCCGAGGUGGAGGAGUCUCAACGAGUCACCGAUGGGGCUUUUGAGCAGCGAUGA